AAGCUGCUGCGCUGAUAGUGUCUUCCGCAUAUACCGUCAAACACACGCCUCCUUCAAAGAGGCUGCACAGAGGACGCUUCUGCACAGUCACGCAGGACCAUUGAAGGCGUAAAGAAAGAUAUCUGGAAAAAGACGAAGACAAGGAAAAAAGAAAGACUAAAAAAAGAGUAAGCUGACAGCUCAUGGCUCCACCCAUGUUCCCACAGAAGAUGCCGGGUGAAUCAAUUAUUCGUAUCCCUCCUCACCACUACAUCCAUGUGCUGGAUCAGAACACUAACAUCGCCCGGGUCGAGACCGGACCCAAGACCUACAUCCGGCAGGACAAUGAGAGGGUCCUGUUUGCCCCGAUGAAGAUGACGAUGGUUCCGCCCCGGCACUACUGUGUGAUUCAGAACCCUGUGCUGCGCGACGCUGACGGGCGCAUCGAGUUCGACCAACUGGGGCAGGCCAAGCUGCGGCACGCGGACCUGGAGAUCCGACUCGCCCAGGAGCCCUUCCCCCUGUACCCCGGAGAGGAGCUGCAACAGGACCUGACCCCUCUGCAGGUGGUGUUCCCCAACACGGCCCUGCGGCUGCAGGCUCUGCUGGACUUCGAGGAUGACCAGGGGGACAAGAGAGUGGCCGGAGAUGAGUGGCUGUUUGAGGGGCCGGGCACCUACAUCCCUCGGAAGGAGGUGGAGGUUGUGGAGACGAUCCGGGCCACGGUGAUCCGACACAACCAGGCCAUCCGACUGCGAGCCAGGAAAGAGGGGAGAGACAGAGGAGGAGUGGAGAGAGUGACUGGGGAGGAGUGGCUUGUUCGGAAGGUGGGUGCCUACCUGCCCGGGGUUCACGAGGAGGUGAUAGACAUCGUGGACGCCUUCGUGCUCACUGACAAGAAAGCGCUCCAUGUGCGCGCUGUGCGUCCGUUCCGUGACGCCGGGGGUGUGGACAGGCGGACGGGGGAGGAGUGGCUGAUCACGCACAGCCAGAGGGAGGCGCACAUCCCCGACGUAUCGGAGGAAGUGGUGGGCGUGGUCGAGGUCACGACCCUGGGCAGCCGGCAGUACUGCGUCAUCCUGGACCCUGUUGGGAGGGACGGGAAACCCCAACUGGGGCAGAAGCGAGUCGUCAAGGGGGAGAAGUCCUUCUUCCUGCAGCCCGGAGAGUGCUUGGAAAACGGGAUUCAGGAUGUCUUCAUCCUUUCUGAGCAGGAGGGUUUGGUGCUGAGAGCAGUGGAGGCUUUCACUGAGGCGCAGGGGCAGGUGGAGAGAGGUGAGGAGGAAGAGGAGGAGGAGGAGGGGGAGGGGGGUGCGGGGGGCGUGUCCCGUCGCCCCGGCGAUCGCUGGAUGCUCCGGGGACCCCUGGAGUACGUCCCCCCUGUGGAGGUGGAGGUGCAGCUGAGGCGCCAGGCGAUACCCCUCGACGAAAACGAGGGCAUCUAUGUGCGGGACAUCAAGAGCGGCAAGGUGCGUGCUGUCAUUGGUCAGACCUACAUGCUGACCCAGGACGAGGAGCUGUGGGAGAAGGUGCUCCCCCCCAACGUGGAGGCCCUCCUGGCCACGGCCCGGGACCCUCUCGCUGACCGCUCGGACAGAGAGAGCGGGAGUAAGGGGAGGGUCGAGCGAAACCGGACCAUGGUGGUGUCGUACAGGGUGCCUCACAAUGCGGCUGUGCAGGUGUACGACUACCGGGAGAAGAAAGCCAGGGUGGUGUUUGGCCCUGAGCUGGUCAUGCUGGGCCCGGACGAGCAGUUCACGGUGAUCAGCCUCUCGGGAGACAAACCCAAGAGAUCCAACGUCAUCAAAAGCAUCUGCCUGCUGCUGGGGCCGGACUUCUGCACUGACAUCAUCAACAUAGAGACUGCCGACCACGCCCGACUGCAGCUGCAGCUCUCCUACAACUGGCACUUCGAUCUGAAGGACAAGUCCAACCCAGCUGAGGGCUUCCGGAUCUUCAGCGUUCCCGAUUUCAUCGGAGAUUCCUGCAAAGCCAUCGCCUCCCGGAUCAGAGGGGCGGUCGCCUCAGUGCAGUUUGACGACUUCCACAAGAACUCAAACAGGAUUAUCUGCUCGGCUGUGUUCGGGUUCGAUGGGGAGAUGAAGGUGCGGGACAGUUUCCGGUUCCCUCAGAACAAUCUGAUGAUCACGAGCGUGGAUAUCCAGUCUGUGGAGCCGGUGGACCAGCGGACCAGAGACUCACUGCAGAAGAGCGUGCAGCUGGCUAUAGAGAUCACCACCAACUCACAGGAGGCAACGGCCAGACACGAGGCAGAGCGUUUGGAGCAGGAGGCUCGCGGCCGGCUGGAGCGGCAGCGGAUCACUGACCAGUCCCAGGCAGAGCGAGCCCGCAAGGAGCUGCUGGAGCUGGAGGCUCUCAGUGCGGCGGUGGAGAGUACUGGUGCAGCGAAGGCUGAGGCUCAGUCCAAGUCUGAAGCUGCUAAGAUUGAGGGGGAGGCAGCUGUGCUGCAGGCCAGGCUGAAAGCAGAAGCAUUGCAGAUAGAGGCGGAAGCUGAGCUGACUCGUUUGUCGAAGGCCCGGGAACAGGAGCUGGUGUACCAGCGCGAGCAAAACAAACUGGAGAUGGAGCGGGCCACGCGGCUCGGAGAGAUCGAGACCAAGAAGUUCCAGGAUCUGGUCCAAAGCAUCGGCGCCGAUACCAUCAGAGCCAUCGCAGUGUCCGGGCCAGAACUACAGGUGAAGUUGCUGAAGGGUCUGGGUCUCCAGUCCACCCUCAUCACCGACGGCUCCUCCCCCAUCAACCUCUUCACUACCGCAAACGGCCUGCUGGGGGCGCUUCCCAAGCCGAGAGAGAAAGGAGAGGCGGAGUGAGAGAGAGGGAAGGGAACGGGGAGGGGAGGAGAGGUGGAGAGAGAGAGAGGGGGAGGGAACAGGGAGAGGGGAGAAAGAGAGAGAGAAAGGGGAGAGGGGGAGUGAGAGAGGACAGAGGAAAGUACCAAAGCAUCCAAGUAGCAGCCUCCAGUUUGCAGCAGAGUUAGAUUUACUUAAAGGUGGUGGGAUUGGAGUCAAUUCCAAUUCCUUCUUGCAAUCCAUUGUUCACACACCCUAGUCACUGUAAAUCACCUUGGAUAAAGGCGUCUGCUAAAUAAACAAAUUAAAAAAAAAAUGCUUUCAUUCAAAGCAGAUUUAAUUGACUAACAAACAGCGGCUUCAAUGGAAGUCAUUGCGUUGCCGCUGUUGUGAAAAGCUAAUUUUAACAGAACGCUCCCGAUUUCAAUUUUGAUCAAUGAUUUGUUUUGAGAUUGAUAUAAGAAAGGCAUGAAAAUUUGAAUUGGGAAUUGAUUUUAAAAAGGAAUUGAAUUGUAAAAAUCGGAAUUCACCAGAACCCUGGUCCCCUGCCUCGUUUCCUCGCAGUCUUGCUUUUCCAAAGCAUUUCUUUCUGCUGAAAAAGUCGAUUUUUAAACAAACAAGCAAGCUCUGUACUCACAGCUUGUAAUGCUGCUGAAAUAACCCUGCCUUGUAUUUUUUCUAUAUUUGAGAGGGGACCCCUGCUGUAUCCCCCUCUCUCUAAAACCGUGCCUUGUUCUUUAUUUGUUUUAUUUCGCUUGCAUUUAAGGAAUAAAAUAGAAUAAAAGACUC